CGAACAAACGGACGCGAAAGCAUGGCCGCAACACUAAAGCCUUACCUGACCGCGGUUCGUCACACUCUCACGGCGGCAAUGUGUUUGAGCAACUUCUCGUCCCAGGUCGUCGAACGGCACAACAAACCCGAGGUGGAGGUCCGCAGCAGCAAGGAACUUCUGCUAACCCCGGUUGUGAUAUCGCGCAAUGAAAAAGAACGGGUGCUGAUCGAAACGAGCGUCAAUUCGGUGCGCAUCAGCAUUGCCGUCAAGCAGGCGGACGAGAUUGAAAAGAUCCUCUGCCACAAGUUCACCCGGUUCAUGAUGAUGCGGGCCGAGAAUUUUAUCAUCCUGCGACGGAAACCGAUCGACGGGUACGACAUCAGCUUUCUCAUUACGAAUUUUCACACUGAGCAGAUGUACAAGCACAAACUGGUAGACUUUGUCAUUCACUUCAUGGAGGAGAUCGAUAAGGAGAUUAGCGAGAUGAAGCUGGCCGUCAAUGCCCGGGCGCGUAUCUGUUCGGAAGAGUUCCUGAAACGGUUCUAAGGGUUCGCGUUCGGCGGCCUACAUUCCAG